AUGCCAAGAAAAAUUCAUUUUCAAGUUGUUCAUACAACCAGUUCGGAUGAACAACAUCCGGCUAGUGAAUUAAAUCAUCAUGGACCAUUAGUAAAUGGAUGGCAAAGUAGCCGAUUUAGUAUCUAUCCACAAGAAAUUAUUUUGCAAUUAGAAAAUUAUGUACGACUCCGACGAAUUCAACUACUUUCACAUCAAUAUUUAAUUGCUUCAAAAAUAGAAUUUUUCAUGGGAGAUUGUACAUCUGACGAAAGUGUCACAAUUGAAAAUGCGCGGUAUACUCGUCUUGGAUAUAUCGAAUUAUCAAGUAAUGAACGAACAGGUUUUAAAGCACGUGAACUUAAAUCAAUUCAUAUUGAUGCCGAAGGCAUAUUUAUCAAAUUAGUUAUACAUAAAAAUUAUGCCAAUCGAUCGAAUAUGUAUAAUCAAGUAAGCAUUGUUGCAAUCAAUCUACUCGGUGAUGAUAUUGACAAAUCGAUUGAAAAUAGUGAAAAUCAGUCAGAAGCAGCUGCAAACAAUGCCAGAUCGGAUCAAAUCUCAAUUAUUGAUGAUCUCGCAUUUGCUAUGUAUCAAGAUCGUGAAAUAGCUGCUAUUAUUAAAAAUUUAGAUCGUAAAAAACAAGAAUAUGUUCAUGAUGAAAAAUUUGAGCAAGCACGAAAAUUUAAACAAGCUAUCCAAGAAUUAAUCAAAGUUGGCGAACGACUGGCUCGUUAUGAAGUUGAAAAACGACAAGCUAUUGAAAAUGAAGAUUAUGAAACAGCGCAAUCAAAAAAAGAUAAAAUGGAACUAUAUCGCACUGAAACUUAUAAACAACUUCAACUACUUAAUUUACUCGAUGUUGUUAUUGAAGGUGGUGAAGGAACCGAAUUUCUAAAGCGUUUGCAGGAAAUUGAAAAUAAUGAACAACAACAAGAGAAUUAUAAUCAAGAGUCUCCGCGUCCACUUCGACAACAGAAUUAUGGACGUAAUCGCAAUCCAGGUCAAACGCGCCGUUCACCAGAAUCAACCGUUUCGUAUGGUGCACCACCAACUUUGCGUGAUUCCUCAUCACCACCAUUACCUAACACUACAAAUACAACGCAUCGAGCAAGUGUUAUGAUCACUGGAGGUGGAGGUGGAGGUGGUUAUACAUCACCUGACUAUCCGAAGCCACGUACUCCCUAUGAAGAUAAAGUGGUUCCAACGUUAAGAAAUCGAAAUCGUCCCGAUGGUGGAAAUUUGCAAAAUUCUCUAAAUGCUAGUAAUGAUGCUGGAAUACCGAAUAAUGACGAAACAGAAAGUUUAUAUGGUGGAAAUGCAGCACAGAAUGACGAUGCAACUGCAGAAUUAACUCCAGCUGAAAUGAUUGAAGCUAAUCAAAUGAUGGUUGUUUUUGAUAGACAAUUGAUUGGCAAACUUUAUCAUCGAAAUCAUGCUCGACGUGAAGAAGCUUUAGAUGAAAUCUACCAAUUAUUAAGUUCAUUUUCUGGCGAUCAAGAAGAUGCUCGUGCUCAUUUACGGGCUGGUAGUUUUGUUGUCGCACGAAUGUUUCGUGUUGAUGUUCUUGCAACAUUUUCACAUUCACUUAAACUUUUUCAUUUACUGAUGAAUGAUUAUGUUCGAAAACAUGCAAUACAAAAACAAGAUAUUCUUGCUAGUUUAGAACGUGUUCUACCUGUAUUAUUACAACGUACAGGCGAUUCGAAUGCUCGUUUAAGACAAAAGGCACAAGAAACUAUUAUUGAAUCUGCAUCCUAUCCUGAAUUGAAGCCUUUACAUAUAAUAACACAUUAUUGUGUUUUGCCCUUUAAUAAAACAUGUGCACCGAGAUUAGCUAUCAGUCGAUGUGAACUUAUUGAAGAAUUAAUGAGAAUACUUGACGUUAAAACAGGUGACAAUGGUUUAACUGUUGACAAUGUUAGUAAAUUUUGUGCACAAGCACUUGAACAUAAUGCCGGUGAAGUACGAGAAUUGGCUAUCAAACUUUUACUUAGCUUAUAUAAAACACAUGGAACAAUCGUAAAACGUUAUCUUCCACCUGAUAAUGAACAAACACGUCGAAUAAAAAAAUAUCGAGAUAUAUUUGAUGCAUUUGAUAGAAUGGACGGACGGCCUGUUAAAGGCGAUGAAAAAUCUUCGACGAUUGAUCCAUCGGAAAGUGGAAGAAAACCAGGUGGUACUUCAGAUACAGGAAAACGCGAUACCGUAAAACAGCCGAACACAGCUCGUGAACAACAAAAAUCGUUUGAUGCCAAAGCAUCGACUAGUAAAUCUCGAACACCAACUCGACUCGAUCGAAAAACACCAACGACUAGUGUGGCUGAUGAAUCUGAAUUUACUCCAGAAAACACAUGCAUUUUUUGUGGUGAAAAGAAUGAAGAUUUUGUACGUGAUGGUCUGGAACAGCACUAUUGGGCUAAUUGUCCCAUGUUAAGAAGAUGUCAAGAAUGCAAUCAAGUAGUAGAAAUAGGCAUUUAUAUAGACCAUUUAUUACGUGAAUGUGAAAAGAAAGGAAAAUAUCAGCAAUGUCCUAGAUGUACAGAAGCAGUUGGAAACGAUUAUGAUGCUCAUAUUAAACUUAAAGAAUGCCAUGAAACUAAAGCAAACACAAAUCGCUGUCCAUUAUGUCAUAUGAAUAUACCUGAAGGUGAUAAACCAUGGCGGGAUCAUUUAAUGGGUGUUGAUGGUUGUGUUAAAAACGCUCGACGCAUCCAAGCAUUAAAAAAGAAUAAGUAUCCUCAACAUCAACAACAGAAAUCCGUUGUUGUCCCAACAUCUCAAGUAAGUGUAAUGAAAAAAACAACAACAGGCGGACAAAAGAAAGUGACAACAACAGUAAAAUGA